AUGCAGGCCCUCCGAGCUACCCUGGCCAUCCUCCUCUGCACCCUGGUCCUCUGCAGCCAGAAACCCUGGGCACCACAUGUCGCCGACACCCCAAGAGCCUGCUGCUUCUCCUACACCUCCAGGCCAAUAAGACGCAAACUUGUAGUCAGCUAUUUCGAGACCAGCAGCCGGUGCUCCAAGCCGGGCAUCAUCUUCCAGACCAAAAGGGGCUCGGAGAUCUGUGCCAACCCCAGUAAGGCCUGGGUCCAGAACCUCAUCUGCGACCUGAAGAAGUGUACCAGCCGGCCCAGGGUCAUUGGGGAGCCCAAGUGA